AUGAUUGAGGCCUUGAUAGUAAAUAUUCAUAUUCAAUCAUUGAUUUUAGGAUUAAUUUUAGCAUCAGUUUAUUUCAAACUAACGAGGAGAGAGAUUAAACUGAAUGAGCCACCCCUCGUUUAUUAUCGAUUUCCAAUUAUCGGACAUACAUGGAGUUUUUUGACAGAUUGCGAAAAGUUAAUUUUAGAAUCUCGUAAAAAGUAUGGCGAGACAUUUUCUUUAUACGUAUUCGGUAGAGUAGUAGCUGUGGUUGGAAAGGAUUCAACUCAAGAAGAAAACUUGUCAAGGCUGUCAAUGAUAUUUUAUUCUAGACUCGUCCCUAGCAAUGAACAAAUUUAUACGAGAACUGCUAUUUGGAAUAUUUUGGACCUUUGCUCCAAAUUUACUCUUGACUUGCUCAUUUUUCAAGGGACAAGUAGUGAUGGGCAAUGCGCAAGAUGGGUAUUGGUGUUCCAAAACAAGGAUCCGGCAUUUUUAAUGGAGAUUAAAGGAAUUUUAUUUAUUAUAGAACCGAAGGUUAUUCAUGACCCAUUGAAAAUUAUGCAAAAGAUUGUUUCAUUUCCGUUUUCUAACGUUGCUUUUGGUGAAGAAUGCUGCCAUUAUGAGGAUAUUUUGGAAAUUUUUAGGAGCUUAACAUCUUCAAUUACAAGAAUUACUUUAGUACCACCAAUAUUAUGUUUUAUACACCCCUGGCUUCAUCAACAAUUUAUUACGCAAGAUUCCUUUCAGCGUCUUAAUGAUAAAAAGAGAUUAGGCGAUGCUUGGAUUGCUCCCUUAGAUUUACUACAAACCUAUUUAGACGAUCCUGAAGUAACCCCAGAUCUCGAUCCAAAUAAUGUAGAUUAUAACUAUAUUGCUGAUUCACUCGGUGUAUUCAUUUUUGCUUCCAUGUUCACUACAUCUAAUCGUACUACCAGUGCUUUAUACGGAAGAAAAGAAUACUGGCAAGAAUUAUAUCAGGAAGCUCAAGAAAUUAAUAAGCAGCGUAACGGCGACGAGCUUACACCUAAUGAUAUCAAUAAAAUGGUGAAGUUAGAUAGCUUUAUUAAAGAAUCAUUUAGAAAUUCCGAUGACGUAUUAGGUUUGCCGCACCUAUGUAUAUCUAAAUCUAAUUAUACGUUUAAAAAUGGUUAUCAAAUUCCGGAAGGUCGUAUAGCCUUUUUAAACUUUCUUGAUACACAUUAUGAUAAGGAAAUUCAGGGGCAGGAUCCCAUGGAAUUUUAUGCAUACCGUCAUCUGGAACGUAAUGCAUCCGCUACAAAAAUUGAACGUAACUUGAUUAUAUUUGGAAAUGGAAAACAUUCGUGUCCGGGUAGAUUUUUAGCUGUUAAUGAAAUUAAAAUAAUUUUACAUAAGAUUAUAUUAAAAUAUAAUGUUAGAACCGAAACUGGCAAGAUUACACCUAAGAGAUAUUUUGGACCUAUUCUUAAGCGGACAUACGAUGGUAUUGUGUUUGAGAAUAGAAAAGAUAUUGUAGAUUAA